UAAGGGCAGAGGAGAGGACUAAGGGCAGAGGAGAGGACUGAGGAGAGGAGAGGACUAAGGGCAGAGAAGAGGACUAAGGACAGAGGAGAGGACUGAGGAGAGGAUAGGACUAAGGGCAGAGAAGAGGACUAAGGGCAGAGAAGAGGACUAAGGACAGAGGAAAGGACUGAGGAGAGGAGAAAGGAUUCUGAGAGGUCUGGUGAACGGCAAUGGAGGAUCAAGAGUCUGAGCUGCCGAUGGACCCCGAAGUCUGUUUUGAUCCGCUGUUCAUCGACGAGGAAGAACGGUAUGGGGAUGAGGGUGUUGAAGAGGAGACAGGCGCUUCAUUCCAGUCUCUCCUGGGAGAUACUAGUACAAACACACUCCUGACUGGCUCAGUCUCGGAUACCUGCAGAGAGACACACCUGGAUGAGACACGAGCCCAGUUCAAGGAUAUGGACACCAUGUUUAGAAGUUGUGUCGGAGAAACGACAGCCCACAAUAACACACACCUUAGUGGGUUAGGACAGAUCCAGCCACACCUUAGUGGGUUAGGACAGAUCCAGCCACACCUUAGUGGGUUAGGACAGAUCCAGCCACACCUUAGUGGGUUAGGACAGAUCCAGCCACACCUUAGUGGGUUAGGACAGAUCCAGCCACACCUUAGUGGAUUAGGACAGAUCCAGCCACACCUUAGUGGGUUAGGACAGAACCAGCCACACCUUAGUGGGUUAGGACAGAACCAGCCACACCUUAGUGGGUUAGGACAGAACCAGCCACACCUUAGUGGGUUAGGACAGAACCAGCCACACCUUAGUGGGUUAGGACAGAACCAGCCACACCUGAGUGGGGUAGGACAGAUCCAGCCACACCUUAGUGGGUUAGGACAGAUCCAGCCACACCAUAAUGGGUUAGGACAGAUCCAGCCACACCUUAGUGGGGUAGGACAGAACCAGCCACACCUUAGUGGGUUAGGACAGAACCAGCCACACCUUAGUGGGUUAGGACAGAACCAGCCACACCUUAGUGGGUUAGGACAGAUCCAGCCACACCUUAGUGGGUUAGGACAGAUCCAGCCACACCUUAGUGGGUUAGGACAGAUCCAGCCACACCUUAGUGGGUUAGGACAGAUCCAGCCACACCUUAGUGGGUUAGGACAGAUCCAGCCACACCUGAGGGAGAUGGAUGACCUGUUGAAGAGCUGUGAGGACAUGACAGGUGUGUCCUUCAACUCCCGCCUGUCCACCAGGUACACAGACACUCACCUGACUGGGCCGGCUCAGAACCAGAACCAGUCAGACACCCACCUGACUGGACCAGCUCAGAACCAGUCAGACACACACCUGACUGGACCAGCUCAGAACCAGUCAGACACACACCUGACUGGACCAGCUCAGAACCAGUCAGACACACACCUGACUGGACCAGCUCAGAACCAGUCACACACCUGA